UCUCUGGGGAGGGGGGGCGUGGCUGCGCGAGGAGCGACAGGAGCGGAUGGGGGCCGCCCGCGAGACCGAGCAGCCCGAGGCCCAGGCCCAGGCCGGAGAGGAAGACGAGGAGGAGGAAGGAGGAGAGGAAACAGAAGGCGGCGAGGAGGACGACGACGACGACGACGACGACGAGGAGGAGGAGGAGCUGGCGAGUCCCUGGAACAUCAUGAUCAAGCACCGGCUGGUCCAGCGGCGCGGGCGGCGCUCCCAGAUGAUGACCAGCUUCACAGACCCCGUUGUUUCCAUGGACCUGCUGCGAGCUGUCCUGCAGCCCACCAUCAACGAGGAGAUCCAGGCCGUCUUUGGGAAGUACAUGAAGUUCUUCCAGAAGGCGGCAGGGAACGUGCGGGAGAACACGGGAGAAGACCUGGACACGGAGCAGCUCAUCCACGAGACGUGCCGGAACUGCCUGGAGCAGGCGAAACUUCUCUUCUGUGACGGCAAGAAGUCUGUCGCGAGGUUGCCCCACGAGGUGCCAGUCAUGAAGCAGCGGGCCAGGCCAGCGGAGGAGGACACGAGCCAACAACAGGGAAGCCCGGCCCCCAAAAAGCGGAAGGGACGGCCUCCAGGACAGAGCCAGCUGAGCAGCCUGAAGCCUGUGGCGGUGAACAUGGGCAAAAGCAAGUCCUGUGAGCCAGCGCAGAGGGAGGGUCCCAAGUGGGACCCCUCCCGCAUCACAGAGUCCACGUAUUUUGUGCUUGGGUCGAGAGCAAACAAAGCCCUGGGGAUGGGGGGCACCCGAGGACGGCUCUACAUCCGGCACCCGCACCUCUUCAAGUAUGCAGCGGACCCUCAGGACAAGCACUGGCUGGCGGAGCAGCAUCACAUGCGUGCCACGGGGGGAAAGAUGGCCUACCUUCUUCUGGAGGAAGAUAUUAAGGAGCUGGCGUCGAGUGAAGAGUACAGAGGAUCUCUGGAGCUGAAGCUGGAUGAACUGAAGCCCUUCACGGCCCCGCCCUGGAUGGCCCAGAAGAUGCGCAAGGCCAUGGAGGCCCUGCGCUGCGGGGGGGAAGGGGAGCCGCCCCCGCCCCCCAAGGACGCGUAGGAGGGGUCGCGUGGGGGGACGGAGCAGGAUCCGCCCCUCUGCGCUCGCUUUCUCUCUCUCUCUCUCUGUGUGUCUCUGUGCUGGGCCUCUGGAGAUAAUAAACACACCACACACUCCUG